UGUUCUCACAUAUGCGAAAAUGUUCCGGGAAGUUUUAAAUGCAGGUGCAGAGAGGGAUUCGAACUACUUAGUGACAACAAAAAUUGCAAACAAAUAGAUAUCAAUGAAUGCCUAGAAGGUCGAAAGUGUAGAGAUAACGAGAUAUGCACCAACACAAAAGGCAGUUAUCUGUGCGUUAAACUCCAAAACAGUUCAUGCAGUCUUGGCUUCUAUUUUAACAACGUGACGAAAAAAUGCGAAGAUUUCAAUGAAUGCAUGACUGCGUUGGAGAACUGCCCCAUGGGAAUGAAAUGCAUCAACACUCACGGUUCCUACACCUGCAAAAGAGCAAGGGAGUGUGGCACUGGCUAUAAACUCAACACUGUUACUGAUGAAUGUGAAGACAUUGAUGAAUGCGUGUUAAAUAUUCAUAACUGUGGAAAGUCGAGAACGUGUAAAAAUAUAGCCGGUUCGUUCAGAUGUCUGACAACAGAUUGCGCCAAAGGUCACAAAUUUUCAGAAAUAUUUCAAGUUUACGUUGACGAGUGCUUGAAAAUUCCUCAAAUAUGUCCACAGAAAAAAGUAUGCAAAAAUACUUAUGGAUCUUAUAAGUGUGUUGAUGAAAUGGUCUGUCCUGCUGGAUUUUUCCUGAAUGAAACAAAAAAUGGCUGCCUUGACAUUAACGAGUGUGGGACAAGUUUGCAUAGUUGUACAUAUAAAAAUAUGCUCUGCAACAACACCAUUGGAAGUUAUAUUUGCUACUGCCCAAGUGGGACUGAAACAAAUAAAGUAUUAAGAGAAUGCGUUGAUAUUAACGAGUGUACUCAGAAAAUAAGCGCCUGUUCAGCUCAUACAACUUGCGAAAACACGUUUGGUUCGUACAGAUGUGUUUGUCGAGAUGGAUUCAGGCUGGAAGGCAAUGAAUGCAAAGAUGACAACGAGUGUGCCAGGAAAGAAACAUGUCAGCACAUAUGCACGAACGUCUGGGGAUCGUUUAGAUGCUCAUGUAAACCAGGCUAUAAACUGGCCGCAGAUAAUAGAUCUUGCCAAGACCUUGAUGAGUGUAAAAUCUAUUCUCUCAUGAAGGGGAAGGAGGCGUGCCGAUAUAACUGCACUAACGAGGUUGGAUCAUUCAACUGCAGCUGUCCGCCUGGCUACCAUAUGACAUCAAAUUUUAAAUGCGUUGAUAUAGAUGAGUGUAAUAAAGCCGUCAAACCUUGCGACAAUAACAAGAUUUGCAUCAAUCUGAAAGGAAGUUUUAAAUGCGAAGAAACAGACUGUGGUUCAUUUUACAACCGAAAUGUCAAAGAGGAUUCAACAAAGUUAUGUAAUAAGAAGACAUGCAAUCGCGGUGACAGUCGUUGCUUGUCCAGCCCUUUCGUCAUUCAAUAUUUUUUUUUGUCAUUCAGCACUGAUAUACCGAUUCCAUACGCUAUUACACAACUUACGAUGCCUCAAGAUUCUGCCAAUUUGUUUCAAUCCAAGUUAACCAACUUUAAAUCGUCCAUUCAAAAACCUUACUUGGGCAGUGUGGAUAAAAAUUAUUUUCAGUUAACCAAAAGCUAUUUUCAGGUAACCAUAUUCAAUAUUCAUAAUGACUUAAGAUUCGUAUAA